AUGGCGCUUUCCGAUCGGCUCAUUGGUGGCACCUGCCUGGCCGUUGCGGUCUUUGUCUUUGUAUACUAUACGCUGUGGGCGCUGAUCUCGCCCUUCUUCCCCGACGAUUCCUCGAUCCACGGCUACUUCCCGCCGCGGGUAUGGGCCGUGCGCCUGCCUGCCCUCCUCCUGGUGCUAGGCCUGGGCGUCAUUGGUGCAUUUGUGGGAAGCGUGAUGCGGAAGCAGGCGAUUGCGCGCAAGGAGAAGGAGGCGCGCAAGGGCGCCUAA